AUGGGCGAGCACAACCUGCUGAACCCCGGCUUCGUGGGGCCGCUCCUCAACAUCCACACGGGCGACGCCUUCUACUUCCCCAACUUCCGCGCGUCCGGCGGCCAAAUCCCGGCGCUGCCGUCGCUGCCGUACCCGCGGCGGGACAACUUCGCCUCGCUGCCCGCCUGGGCGCCCUCGGAGCCCUGCGGGCCGUACCCGCAGCCCUACCUGGGCUUCGGCCGCGCCUGCGAGCUCGCCCGGCCCGACGAGGGCAAGUGCUGCUACCGCGACGGCGACGCCAAGGGCCGCGAGGGCCGGGACGCGGCGCUGCUGCCGCUGGAGCCGCCGGCAGCGGGGAGCGGCCCGAGCCCCCAUGUGGGCACCAACCCUGGCGCUCUGGGCACCAACCCCGGCGCUCUGGGCACCCUCGGCGGCGGAUUCGGCAAGUUCGAGUUCGGCGGCGCCGAGGGCGGCGCGCAGGAGGCGCAGAGCUGCCCCGGCCUGGAGGCGGAUUCGGGAUCCGCGCUGCUCGCCGAGGCCGCCAAGGGAGACGCGCCCGGGCUGCUGUCCCCGCUGGGCGCCGGCGGAGCGGCCCUGAGCACGGGCGGGGCGCCCUGGUACCCGCUGCACACGCGCUCGCGCAAGAAGCGCAAGCCGUACUCGAAGCUGCAGCUGGCGGAGCUGGAGGGAGAAUUCCUGGUGAACGAAUUCAUCACCCGGCAGCGCCGCCGCGAGCUCUCGGACCGCCUGAACCUCAGCGACCAGCAGGUCAAGAUCUGGUUCCAGAACCGCCGCAUGAAGAAGAAAAGGCUCCUCCUCCGCGAGCAGGCGCUCAGCUUCUUUUAG